AUGGACAGAAUCAGUAACCUGUCCGAUGAUUUGCUCCUGAAGAUUUUGUCAUCACUUACUUCGAAAGAUGUGGUCGCAACGAUGCUUUUGUCGAAGCGGUGGAAGUUUCUUUGGACAUUAGUUCCAAAACUUCAUUUUGAUGAUAGGUUUAAGGAAUACUUCGGUGAUGAUUGUGUUCCUUACAGGAUGUUUCAACAGUAUGUUGACAUGUUCUUGGUAUCGAACAAGUCUCCGGUUCUUGAAACCCUAAAAUUCAGCCUUGGUUGUUCGUAUUCCACCACUGACGAUUUGACAACAUGGAUCAGAAUCGGAAUCGCUCGCCGUGUGCGUGAACUUGAAAUCAUACGUUCUCUUGAUGCUUAUGAUUACGGAGAAUUCAACUUGCCGCAGUGUCUUUACACUUUUGAGAAGCUCGUGGUCUUGAAACUUUACGGCUGGAUUGUUCUUGAUGUUCCCACCACUGUUUGUCUUCCGUCUUUGAAAUCUUUACACUUGCUGUGUGUAGAGUACAAAGACGAAGAAUCUCAUCGUAGGCUUUUGUCUAGCUGUCCUGUUCUUGAGGAGUUAGUGUUGGACCAUUGUGAAAACAUCUCUCCGCCAUGUUUGUAUGUCGUGGUGCCUUCUUUGCAGAGAUUCUCUUUUAUUGGUGGUACGUAUGAUGGACACGACGAUACCAACGUAAAAGUUGUUUUAAAUGCUCCGUAUUUGAAGUACUUGAACAUUGUAGAUAACUUUGCCAUUGGUCUCUCUUGCUUGACCGAGGAUAUGCCAGAGAUAGUUGAGGCAAAUGUUAAUGUUGUUUACAAAAGUACUGAGAAGCUAUUAAGAUCUCUUGCAUCAGUCAAACGUCUCUCUUUAUGUUUAUCCGCUUCCGUGGUUCAACCUUGUAUUGAGUUUCACCAGCUUGUUCAUCUGGAGCUGUGCCCAUAUGUGAAUAAGUGGUGGGAUCUACUUACUUGGAUACUUGAAAGUUCUCCUAAACUACAAGUUCUCAAGCUCUACAAGUGUAAAGAACAUAGAUUUUAUGGGGUAGAGCCCAUUCAUGGUCGUUGGGGACAACCGAGUUCUGUUCCUGAAUGCUUCUCGCUCCAGCUCAAUACUUUUGAAUGGAAUUAUUACAAUGGAAGAAGGGAAGAGAAGAGAAUGCUGGCUUACAUCCUAAGAAACGCAAAACGGUUGAAGAGAGCGAAGAUCUUUGCGUGGGGGUUGGGUUCUUACGAGGGACCUCGGAAACUCAAGAAGUUGGCUUCUUUGCAUAGGGCUUCAAAGUCAUGUCGGCUUCUGUUGGAAUGUUUAAAAAAAUUGUAG